UGAACGUGAAAGCGCAGUUUAAAGGAAGUGCUGUAGAUGGAUGUUCUUAGUAUUAGCCUUUCGGAUCGCUGAUGUCUAACUGAUGGAAAUUGUCAGCAUUGAUUCACCGAAGUUCCGAAUAGGAGAUCUGAGAAAGCAGUUUAUUUCCUGUCUACCCAAUGAACAUAAAAUAUUGAAGGAAAACGAAGCUAGUGAUCUUCUUACAUCUGAGUUUAAGAAGAUCGUAACUGAUUCUUCAAUAUUCAAACAGCUUGAGAAUGAUUGCAGUUUGGAAAAUUUAUACGUCGAUAGAGAGUACACAACCUUAGAAGAAAUCUUAAAAAUCAUACCAUCGAGGAAAGAUGAAAAGCAGCUGAAAACCCUAACUCAUUUACUGAAAGAAACUGAAGGUUUGAAUUCUAGAACAUCAGUCCUCACAGCAAUGCAAAGAAAUCCUCGACCACUUGUGGAUAUGUCUUACCGAAAUUCUGUUGAUGAAUCUCCAGAGGCCACAGAAGUCAUCCCGGAUGUAUUUGUGACCGUUCUUGUCUACCGACCAUUUAGCCUUCCUAACAUUGAUCCCUGUGCACAGUCUCGGCAACUAGUCAUUACUCAGAGGUUGGUGCUGUUGUCCAAACAAAAUCUCACAGUCUUAAGGGAAGCUAUAAAGUGUUCACAAGAUAAAGUUUGGCUAGGAGACUGUAGCGAGGCCCUUGAUAAUCCUGAACUGCGUGUUUCGGCGGAUAAAAUAUACCCUUCUUCAUACUUUUUCAUUGAAGGUACGUUUUAUGAUGAUUUGCGGCACGCAAAUAGCAAGAGCCUUGGGGAAGAGGUUAUACAGUGGGCGAAAAGCAAGAAAGAACUUAAGACGUAUGGGCCUUUUACAUCAUUACCAAUGGAAUCAGUGACUCUCGAAAAUCUUGUUAUUUGUAUUGGAAAGCCAUAUUUCUUCGUACACCAAGGAAAUUGUGAACAUAUGAUUAUCUUCUCCGAUAUCCGUCUUGUAGAUCGUGAUUCAUGUCAAACUGAGUCCUUAUUCCCAAUGCUCACCGGUCGAUGCAAUGUACGUGUAAUGCAUUGUUUCGUUUGCAGACGUCUUGCAUCCCGCUGGAUAGUUACAGAGUGUGGGACCAUUUUACCUGUCGAUCCAUGUCCAAUAUGUGAUGUAUGCAUCCGACUGCUACUUUACACUGCUGAUGGAAAGAAGAUUAAUCCGCGUUUUAGAGUUUUGAUGUAUUGUGGAGAGGAAAUUGUAGUGUGAGGCCUCAUGUAAAUAAUUUAAAAUAAAUACUUUAAAAAAGCAUUUCACUUUUCACAAAUCAAACUCUAAAAUUACACUAAUAGCAAUCUUCAGCUGUUUUUCUGUAGAAUUUCGAUAAUCGAAUUAACACGUUGUUACAUAUCCUUCACUUAUAGUUUACGCUUCCAACUAAUUCCUAUAUAUUUCAGACAAUAAAUCUUAUGGGUUUUCCUAGAGAGGAGAAAAACAAUGAACAAGCAGCGAACACAAACCCAUCAGUAGGAGAAUCAAGCGCAGAUAAAGUUGCGGCUGCUACUUUCGGUGUUUUAUCUGAAAUUUCAAGUCUCUUAAACACAGGUUUAGAUAAUGAAGAAUUGCUGAUGUGCAUCAAACUAAUUGAGAGCGGUGUGAACCCAACUACUCUAGCUUUACUUGUAAACAAUGUGAAACAACAGUGCGAACACCUUUCUGAACUCAAAAGAUAAGUAAAACUUUGAAUCCUGUAUUGC